AAAACAACUUUGAACUUUAGGCUCAAAAUCCUUUGCUUUAACAUCCACAUUUACAAAUGGAGAUAGUGAUAAUAUGCACAUUGCAGAAAUACUUUAUUUGGCUGGAAAACAAUAUGGUGCCUUUUGUAUGCUUCCAACUACAGGGAAGUUUUUAAAACUAGAAGCAUAAAUACAUUAAUAACUAAAAUAAACUACAACUAAAAAAAAUACCCUUUAAAUGUUGAUCUGGGGUCAGCUCACUUAAUAAUCCAUGGCUCAAAUAUAUUUGUGUAAUGAAGGUGUACAAUAUAAACCUGGUUAUAUCUCUGGUUAACAGAAGCUGUCGGCCUAGAUGGAUCCUACAGACAACGAGCUUUAUCGUUGUUCUACCUGACCUGUCGGUUUGCCAGACGUGAGAUUUAUUUCAGAUAUUGACCUGCUGGACUUUCUAGAGUUUAUGUUUCAAACUUUUACAUCCACUUUAGUCUGAUUGUCGGGGGGGUUAAGUAAUUGGUAGGACGGAUAUUCGGUCGGUCUGCGUGAACCUGUUGGACACCAUUUCAAAUCUGUCCGCUUAAUUAAAUCUUAAGUCAAAACGUAAUGUUGUUUUAGUUUAAUAUAAAGUUACUCUUGCGAUAGUCACUAGGCAGAAAAAAACCUCAAUUUAAACCCUCGAAGUUUAGUUGUUGACGUUGAGUUGAACACGACGAGCUCGAGAAAUCUCCACUAAGCGCAUGCUGAUCAGUUUUUGCUUGCUAACGCUAGCUGGGUUAUCUUAGGAAAACUAGCUAGUCUUCUGACGCGUUCACAAGAUCACACAUCCCAAGACCUGGCUGUGUUUUCCACGUAAAAUCACAAAUGGAGUUAAUUUGCCAUGAACACGAGGAGUUCCUGUCAACUUCAGGAUUUUCCCCAACCCCCCGCCCCAUUAGGGCUUCGCUCGACCCGGUGUUGACCCGGGAUGUCCGCGUAUGGCGAAACCUCGUCCAUUUACAGAAAGCGAACGUUUCGGGAUCUUAUUUCAGCAAUGUUCAGACGGAUGUACAACCAUAUAUGCGAAGAAUUUUAGCUAUUUGGAUGCUUCAGCAGGUGUGUGAGGAGCAGAGGUGUGAGGAGGAAGUGUUUCCGUUGGCCAUUCACUAUUUGGACAGGUAUAUGGCCCGCUGUCCUGUCCACAGAACAAACCUGCAGCUGCUGGGAACCACCUGCAUGUUUCUGGCCUCCAAACUCAGAGAAACGGUUCCUCUGACUGCUGCCAAGCUCUGCAUCUACACUGACAAUGCUGUUUCUGUCUCCCAACUGCUGGAGUGGGAGAUGAUGGUGGUGUCCAGGCUGGACUGGGACCUGGCCUCGGUGCUUCCAUCUGAUUUUGUUGAGCCGUUACUGCAGAGUCUUCCUGUCCUUCCUCAGAGCCUUGCGGCCCUGCGCAGACACACUCACGCCUACGUUGCCCUGACUGCCACAGAGUUCACCUUUUCAGUGCAUCUGCCAUCCACUUUGGCCUGCUGUUGUGUGGCAGCUGCCGUGGUCCACCUGCAGCUGCUGAAGGGAGCUCUCUCCUGUGACUCACUCUUGCAGCUCAUGGCUAACAGCUUUAGUAUCGACCUGGUGUGUUUGAGUAACUGUUAUGCUGCAUUGGAGGCCACUCUCAAGCUCAGUCUAUCCUCCCUCUCCACCACCGAGGUUGCCUGCAGAUCUGAGUCACCCUUCACUGAGCUCAACACACCUGUCAAUGUCCAGGAGGUCAAGCUGUCUCCCCUCCAGGCUAUUGGUCAGACCCAGUCAGUUUAGAGUGUGGGUUCAGUUAGGAGUCUAAAUACUUUAUUGACUUCUGUUAUCCUCCAUUAGGAAUGCCCGUAAAGCAUACGUGACUAAUUAAUUAAAUUAUUGCUUUUGUUAAUUAUUUCCUGUAAUUUUUUUUUUUUGUUGUUUAAAAAGUUGAAGAGGAUGUGAUCCAGUUUCUCAUUGUCCUUAUAUUGCUGCCUCUGUGUUAAGUGUGUGGAGGAUAAUUUCCUAUACUGAUGUUUUAAAGUGAAGCAAGUAUUUGAAUGAUAUUUUUAACCUCUGCAGGAGUGGCAUAAAUCAAAUGCUGCAUCUAUUACAUGUUGCUUUCCAAAUGCCACGAGUUGCACAGUUACAGAGCAAACAAAACAGUUUAGAAAUGUUCUUGCUCAUAUCUUGAACCUUGCCAAAACAUACUUUGAUCCAUCUUUGGCUUUCCGCUUUUGUUAUAAUAAACAAUUGGGUCAUAGAUUAGAUAAAGUUCAAUGAUCUUUA